UAACCUGCGGGGCUGGCAGUUGCCCAACUAUAACCGCCGUGCUCCGUCGAUGCGUCGUCCGCGAUCGUUUCGUCACGUCGAAUAUUUCACGUCUGGCCGUUGUGAAACAUUCCACUGCAGCUGUGUGAUAACCAGUUCGAUUUCUUUAUUGUGCCCAGUGUUGUUGUUGUUGUUGUUGGUGUAGUACUGUUGUGGUAAUAUUAUAGUCGUCGUUCGGUCCGUCAACAGCAUCGUAACGUCAUCGUGAUAUUGUCCAUGCUGAUUACGGUUCGGAUUGAUUGCGAAACAAGGAAAACUGUCGAAACGAAAAAACGCGAGAAAGAAAAUUCGACUUUUCCGCCGUACGUGUACGUCGACCCGGGUUCACGGCUGCGAGCAUCUUGAAAUAGUGUUGGUGUCGCCCGUCGCCGCCGUUGACCUUUUGUAAACAAGGUUCGCAUCAGAGAAGUGCACAAAACGGUCGUCUGUUUCGCAUUCGAUAUGACCAAUCUGAACGAAAUUGACACCGAAGACUGGAAAGACAAGUAUAGAGCGCUGGAAAAAGAAUAUGACGACUUUCGAGAGCAGUCUCAAUCGUUGGAACGCGAAUUGGAAAUGGACGUGGAAUUACUGGAGAAAAACAAUAAAGAGCUCAAAUCAAAAAACAAUCAGAUACAGUUUGAUCUGGAAACUCUAAGGACAAAAAAUCGUGAAGAACAGCAAAAUCUAAUGAACCAAAUACAUAGUUUACAAGAAGAGGCUAUCCAUUUUCAUGAAAGGGAAUCCAAUUAUGUAAAAUAUAUCAGGGAGUUGGAACAGAAAACUGAAGACUUAGAAAAGUUACAAAGAGAAACAUGUGCAUCAUUAGGAGAUUUUGAAACUAAAAUGAAUGAUGCAAUUGAGCGAAAUGCUCUUCUUGAAGUUGAACUUGAUGAAAAAGAAAGUUUGCAAGCAAUGGUUCAAAGGUUAAAAGAUGAAAUUAGUGAACUAAAACAAGAAAUUCAGAGUAAAGAACGGAAAUUAAAUCCUGAUAUGAAUGAAUCACAAGCUGCUGCUGCGGUCAGGCGGUGCAGUAGUUUCAGAGCUGCUGUUGAUAAUAGAUUAUCAUCUUCAGCAGGAAACACACCAAAAACUCAUACAAAAAGUUUAAGUGGAUCUGUUGUAUUUCAUUCACCACCUGCCAAAUUAGCCAGGGUUGGCGAUAUUGUUGGAGAUCUGAUGAGAAAAGUAAAUGUUCUUGAACUCAAAUUAGUAGAAGCCAAACAAAUGAAUGUGGCCAAAACACAAAAUUGCCCUUUCUAACGAAACGCUUUAUGGCAGAUCACACAAGUGGUUGGCCUUCUGUAGCUGAACUCUGUAUAAUUUUCAAGCUGCUGCUGAGAACCCUAAGUCUUGUUUGUGUUUCGCUCUCUGAAAUGUAUUAUCCUAUUAACUUAGGACAGCUAUUUCAUUGGUUCACGUUGCUAAAAUAAAAAUUAAUAUUAUUUCCCUGCUGCCUGAUAAAUGACACAUUUGAAAUAUUAAUUUUUCACAACACGAAUACUAUGUAAAUUUGGUUUUUAUUAAUGUUUUUUUAUUUUAUUAUAAAUUAUUUAUAUACAUGAUAUAAGUACAUAAUUAUAUUACAAGGAGACUAAUGUCAAACAAGUUAUUAAUUGUAAGUUUAUUUUAUUUACUUAUAGAUUAGUAUAAAAUAAAUGCCCUAACAAUGAGACAUGGACCCUUUUUUUUUUUUGUAGAAAGACAGACAAUAAUGUUUGUACAAAUCCUUACAAUAUUAUGCACAUAUAAAUUAUUUUUAAAUCACAUAUAUUUAUGUAUAAAAUAAUUGUUUACCAAAAUAUAUUUACCCAAUAAAAAAUGUAUAUAAUAAAGGAAACAGACUGUGUAACUGAAA